GCAAAUAUAUAUACUUCUUUUUACAGGAUGAUAAUAAUAAUGAUAAUAAACUUCUGUUAUACAUGAUGACAGUGAGGUUAAAUAAACAAAGGUAUUAAAAAAAUAACAAAUUUUAAAACAAGGAAAGUUUAUUCAUCGUUUGAUUGUUAUUGGUUUAAGUAUUCAUCAAGGGACUAAUUGCUUUAAAAGAUAGAUAGGGAAAUUAUCAUUGGGAGAGGAUGGCUCAGCAUGAUAAAAUGAAAUUUUGAAACAGAGACGUGGAAAUGACAAGAAAGCAAGACGGUACCUUAAAAGGAUCUAUCUACCCGAAACCCAUGUGGAAUGGCCAACUAUGAAAUUUCCACAGCUGGGUUCCCAUCAGCGGAAAAAAAACCUAAUAAUAACACUCGCUACAAGAAUACGAAGAAUCUGUAGCCCCGAGAUCGUAGACGAAGAAUUGGGCUUUUUAAAGGAGAUACUUAUCAAAAGCCGGUAUCCUUCGAUAUUCAUUGAUAAGAAUAUGAAACCAAAAACACAAAUAAUCACAGUAGAAAAGAAAACUUUAUACAUGAACAUUGACUUCAAAGGUGACAGAGCCACAUAUAUCUUAAAGAGGAGAAUUUCUGAUCCCUUAAAAAGAACAUUCUUCGCAGCAACUUUUCAAAUAUUAUUCUCCAGCCUUUCAAUGUUCGCCAAAAGUUUGAAAGAUAAAUUAUCGCAUCUGACCAACUCAAUGUGUAUUUACCAAUUUACCUGCUCUUGUGAAACUAGGUAUAUAGGUCGUUCGAUGCGUACUUUAUCCAGAAGAAUUCAAGAACAUUAUGUGGCGUGGCUAAAAAGAGGAGGCAACGGCUCAAUAAGAAGUCCUAUAAUCGAACACCUUGUGAACACUGGUCAUUCAAUCAAGGCAGACUCUGCGUUCAAAGUCAUCUUCAAGGUAAGUAGAAGUCUUCCUAAGACAAUUAGACGGCAUCUUCUCUGCAUUACCGAAGCAAUAGCCAUACAUCUGGAAAAACCAGAAUUGUGUGUGCAAAAGAGACUGGUACAACCUCUUCUUCUACCAUGGUCUUAAUGUAUCAAAACAAUUUUUAUUUCUCUUUUUCAUACUCUUGUUUCUUUACAGCCAUCUGCUUUACCUCCCAUCUUCCCUUUAAAUCUUCUACCCCCAACUGGUUUGUUUUUAUUUCCACGAUCAUUCCGAUUACAUUUCAUCUCUGUUUCAACAUUUUAUUUUAUCAUGCUGAGCCAUCCUCUCCCAAUGAUAAUUUCCCUAUCUAUCUUUUAAAGCAAUUAGUCCCUUGAUGAAUACUUAAACCAAUAACAAUCAAACGAUGAAUAAACUUUCCUUGUUUUAAAAUUUGUUAUUUUUUUAAUACCUUUGUUUAUUUAACCUCACUGUCAUCAUGUAUAACAGAAGUUUAUUAUCAGUAUUACUAUCAUCCUGUAAAAAGAAGUAUAUAUAUUUGCGAUUGUACAGCUUUGACAAUGAAUUCGCCGAAAAGAGAACUCUUCGCUGAACUAAUCUUUCUUAUUUAAUGUCAUAAUGGGUGUAUUCCGUUUGUUAAGAAAUAUACAAGUCUCUGAAAAAUGUGAUAGAUUUGAGGUUAGAUGUAUGUUAGCGUUUAGCUAUAGUACACAUUAUUUCUGAUGAAUGAUUACUAGAAAAAAAGCAAGCACAUUUUAUGUCUGAACCAGUAUUGAUUGGUCACAUAAACAAAUUACAAGUGGUAUAAAUCGUCAUAUUUGUGAAGUACUAAUUUUUUUCCAUCUGAACCUUCCCCCCCUCUCUGUCUCUGUUCGACCUCCUUCUUCCUGCUUCAUCUGUAUUGAGCAUUGUAGAUGACGAU